GUGUUUCACUUAAAAAGACAAUAUACUCGCCCCGGAUGUUUAAGCUUCACCAUAUACUCAUAGCAGUGGUAAUAGUGGGAUGCUUAUUGGCAUUUCAUUUGAGGAAUCGAAUCAUAGGGAUGUUUGAGGCUUACAGAAACCGACAGCGUUGGCAAAGGCUUCCUCACGGCCCGGAAUUUGGGUUCCAGGAUGACAUGGAGAAUGGGCUCAGCAGUAAUCAGUUUGACCUUAACAAAAACAUCGUAAACAAUGAUACGCGCACGCUUGAUGAUGCUGCCAAGGGUGAAAUUCGCCGAAUGAUGUCCCAAGAAAACAUAACCUUUGACGAGGCUAGACUCAAAUACUUUCAAUGCAAACUAUCUGAGCAUGGCAUCGGCGCAGAUGGAGUUCCGAGGGACCCGAAGGCUGUAAUGUUUUAAGUCCGGUUAUUGCCGGAUACUCGUGAGAUAAACCGAUUAGAAAUAUAGUAAAUAAGAGAAAAGCAUAGAAUGCUGCUCGAGUAAUCGUUUUUAGUGAGCCUCAGAUCUUAGUCGAGAUUGUAGCAAUUUGAAUCUCACAAUUGAUGUCAAUCUUUUACUGAUGUUGAUGAUUCCCUUGAUAUAUGUCUUUUUGAAGUAGCGGGAUAUAAUGGGUUGUGUUAGAGAGGUAUUGGAUACACAGGAGCUUUUGAGACUAGAAGAAGUAGUGGGAAAAGGUCUGAGCGAUUCAAAUUACGGAGUAAAUCUGACUGAUAUCUUUCUCACAGGAUAUAAGUUACUACAUGCUACAAACUUGAG